AUUUUAAUUUCAUAGGUUAGAAUGUAGGCGUAAAUUUAUAUAUUUCUCAAAUAAAUAAACAAUUUAAAUUUAAUUAAGUUAAUUUAAAAAUGGCUGAAGCUACAAUUCAAGAGGGAUUCCUUUGCCCCAUUUGUCACAAGGAUUUGCGAUCUGCAAAUAAUUUAAUAUCCCAUUUUCAAGAUCUACAUUCUGAAGAGAAAGACCUACUUAGUUCCAUCAAAGGUAUUUAUGGAAAAGUUAAGAAGAAAAUUCUCACUGUAGAUGAUCAAGAGUUUGAACAUUUAAGAAAAGAAAUAUCCCUUCAAGAAAAAUAUUAUCUAGAAUACAGUGAACCUCAAGAUCCUGGACCCACAGUAUCCCAUACAGAUUAUUUUAAAUCCAUAAGAAGGGAUAGACUAGAUCAUAAGACAGCAGAAACUAAUAAAUUGAUAAUUAGAUUAGAUAGGUUAUUAAGAGUAUAUGCACCUGAUAGGAAACAACAUGAACAAGAGUUAGUGGCUUGGUUAGAUGGUUCAGCAGUUUCUAGAUGUCCAUCUUGUGCAUCUUCCUUUAACAUAACAAGAAGGCAGCACCAUUGUCGAUUGUGUGGGAGUAUUAUGUGUAAUUCCUGUUCAUAUUUUUUACCAUAUGAUACAGCCCAGACCAUUGUGACACCUCUGAACAGUGGAAAUAGUAAAGAACAAAAUUCCAAUAAAGAAUCUGACACCUUAAGGAUAUGUUACCAUUGUUUGGACAUGAUAGAAAGCAGAAGGCGUCUUCAAAUAGAGCAAGUUUUACAACCCAUUAUUUGUCAGUUAUACACGCAUUUACAAAAGAUGAAAAGUCAAAUUGAAACUUCUGUUGAAAUGUAUUUAAAGAUGUACAACUCGAUCAUAUCUGGAGAAACCACAUAUAUUUUACAAGAUCUUCAGUCUCUGAGAACUACAAUUGCAGAUAAAGCCCAAAUGAUUGAUACCAUCAGUAAGAAGAUAGCUUCACUUCCUGUAGAUACAUCCACCCCGAAAGCAGUUCUCUUGCAAAAUAACAUUAGAAAAGCUACAUCCAUCUACAUCAAGGAUUAUUUAGUAACUUUACCUCCACCUCCAACUCCUCAAGAAAUAGAGAAAUUGAAAUAUGAGAGGUCCAAAAACCCCAUAGACGAAGAUAUUCCAAUAGCCAGCACAAGCAUAAAGAAAGUUACAGUUACAACGGGCUGGUCACCUGCUAAUGUUGCUAACGAUACUACAGUAACAGAAGAAGCUGAUCCUAUUUUAGAACAAAUGAAUAUCGUUAGAAGUUAUAUUAAGCAAGCACGAGAAGCACAGAGAUUUGAAGAAGUAGCAUCUUUAGAAGAAAAUUUGAACAUGUUAAAGGAAACAUAUAAAAGAAGCAUAACCAAACCAUAAUUGUUUUUUGGUUUUUAAUUUUGCAUGGUAUAUAAUUCAUAUUAUAGAAAUGUUACUUGAAUGGUAUUUAUAUCGGGAAGGCACAUCUACAACUACAUAUUAUUUCCAGUUGUGAAGUAGGUACAUUCUAAAAAAUGUUUACAUUCCGAGAAUAAACAUCCUUUUGAAAUAAAUAUUCGUUUCUUAAGUUCUCAUUAUGUUUAUUAUAAUUAAUAUUUAUUACAGAAUAAUUCUCCAGUUUAGACGGCUCAAAUAAUAGAGGAGUGGGCCAAAAACCAUAAAAAAUACAUAGUCUCUACUCAUAUUAUUAGACUCAGCACAUUUUAGUUUUCUUUGUUUCAUAAUCAAUUAUAAUUACAACUAUGUUAGCUAUAUACAGAGAGUCCCAAAAGUAGCGGAACGGUCGAAUAUUUCACGAACUAAACAUCGGAUCGAAAAAUUGAACAACACGUUUUUAAUAAUUUUUAAAAAUCUAUCGAAUGACACCAAACACGAUCCCCCACUCAACCCCCUAGAGGUGAGGUGGGGGUAACUUUAAAAUCUUAAAUAGAAACCCCCAGUUUUUAAUGCAGACUUGGAUUCCCUAUGUUAAAGUAAGCCACUUUUAUUCGAGACAUUUUUUCGAAUUGUGGAUAGAUGGCGCUAUAAUCUUUAUCGUGAUGCCACAGGUAAAUUAUAGAAACGGUAUAUCUCGAGAAAUACACUUUUAAAUGAAAAACAAAAAAAAACGUUUUUAAUAUUUUUCAAAAACAUAUUGAAUAACACCAAAUCCUAUACCACGCUCCUUAGAGGUGGGGUGGGAGGUAACUUUAAAAUCUUAAAUAGCAAUAUCCAUUUUUUAUUGCAGAUUUGGAUUCAUCAUAAAAAAUAAAGCAACAUAUAUUCAAAACAUUUUUUAGACUUGUUGAUAGAUAGCGUUAUAAUUGGAUAAAGACGAUUUAUUAGCGCCAUCUAUCAACAAUUCUAAAAAAUGUUUCGAAUAAAUGUUGCUUAAUAUUUUAUUACGAAUCCAAAUCUGCAAUAAAAAAUGAGGGUUGCUAUUUAAGAUUUUAGAGUUAUCCCCACCCUACCUCCAGCGUGUGUAGUGGGGGAUUGUGUUUGGUGUAAUUCGAUAGGGUUUUAAAAAAUAAUAAAGACCUAUCUUUGGUUUUUCAUUUGGAAGUGUAUUUCUCGAGAUAUUAGACCGUCUCCAUAAUUUACCUAUGGUAUCAGGGUAAAUAGUUUUUUCCGAUUAUAGCGCCAUCUAUCCGCAGUUGAAAAAAAUGUCUGGAAUAAAAGUUACUUACUUUUACGUAAGGAAUUUAAAUCUGGAAUAAAACCUGGUGGUUUCCAUUUAAGAUUUCAAAGUUACCAUCCCCCCCCCCCAACUCUAAGGGGUGAAUUAUAUAAAUGACAAAGGGGUGAAUUAUAUAAAUGACAGUAGUAACUUUUUUAUACCUAUUUACUGAACAAAAAGUUUAUAUUGUAAUUUUACUACAAUACUAAUAUUUUAUUGACACCCUUUGUUUUAAGAAGUGCAGCUACUGUCCUAGGCAUGCCAUCUACUCGUAUAUCUUGCUGCUAUUUCUUUUAAAUGGUUAUUGAGGUUUCAAUGAAAAAUGAUUCUCUCUAUCAACGGAACCUUGUUUAUUAUUUUCUCGGCUAAUUUCCUUUUUACGUACUCCCACAUAUUUUCGAUGGGGUUAAUGUCUUGUGAAUUACCGGGCCAUGGUAAUAGAGUAAUUUCUUGCCAUAUCAAAAAACUUUUAAUGCGUUCAGCCAUAUGGUAAGGGGCUCCAUCCUGUAUAUGCUGAAAUAUGACGUGUAUUGAAAAUUGUUUAAUCCCAGUGUAUAUUUACAAUCAAUGAAUAACAGAAAAUUAAAGGUUUAUUCGUGAUUGUCAAAGCGUCCUUUUAUUUUUAUUUAAAUAGUCAUGUGCAGAAUGUUUAUAUUCUUUUUCAAAUUUUUGUAUAAAUUAUAUUGCAUUUA